CUAAAAAAUGUCAUCAAGUUUUAAUUUUGAAGCUUUCGAUCUGCUUGAAGACAAUGAAUGGGAAGAAAAAAUUGUUGAACAAAAUCAGCAAUUAGAUCAACUAAUCGAGGAUAUAGCUAUUUGGCCAACAACCUUGCCUUCACCACCUGCAACCCAGACGGCUAGAGCUAAAAGGAGAUACAUUGAAAGGAAACGCGAAGAGGGUCAUGCUACUAUUUUCGAGCAGUACUUUGCUGAAGAUCCAAUCUAUCCUCCAGAAUUUUUUCGAACAAGGUAUCGCAUGCGAAAACCUUUGUUCAAAAAAAUAAUGAAUAAGCUCAUCGACACCGACAACUUUUUUGUGCAAAAGCGUGAUGAUACUGGUCGACUUGGUAUGUCUGCAAUUCAGAAAUGUACAGCAGCGAUGAGGAUGUUGGCCUACGGGGCAGCAGCCGACUUGCACGAUGAAUAUUUGAGAAUGAGCGCACAACUCAUUCGCAAAUCUCUCAUCAAGUUCGUUGAAGGUGUAAUUUCUAACUUCGGCGAUGAGUACUUGCGAAAGCCCAACGAAGAAGACUUGGCAAGACUUCUGCAUAUUGGAGAACAACGUGGGUUUCCAGGCAUGUUGGGUAGUAUUGACUGCAUGCAUUGGGAAUGGAAGAAUUGUCCCACUUCAUGGGCUGGACAAUAUGCCGGAAGAAGCGGGAGUCCGACAAUCAUCUUGGAAGCAGUAGCAUCUCAAGAUCUGUGGAUAUGGCAUGCCUUUUUUGGAACUCCAGGUUCGAGAAAUGAUAUUAACGUGCUUGAUCAAUCUCCUGUUUUUGAUGAUAUUUUGGAAGGUCGAGCACCGAAGGUCAAUUACAUAGUAAAUGGUCACGAAAAAAAUAUGGGAUAUUAUCUCACAGAUGGCAUAUAUCCUCAAUGGGCGGUAUUUGUCAAAUCUAUCCCAGGUCCACAAACGAUGAAGCACAAGUUGUUUGCUCAACAUCAAGAGUCCGCGCGAAAAGAUGUUGAGCGAGCUUUUGGUGUCUUGCAAGCUCGUUUUGCUUUUAUCAAAUGUCCAUGUCUUAUUUGGGAUCGUGAUAUUAUGGGGAAAAUAAUGAUUGCUUGCAUAAUCUUGCACAAUAUGAUAGUGGAAGACGAAAGAAGCACGUAUUCGAACUACUGUGAUCCAGCAGAAUUUAUUCAAGAUCGACUUGGACAAAGUAGUCGUGGGAAUGAAGAUGGAGAUGCGAAUAAUGAUUUCAUAUAUUAUACGAAUAGGAUUGCGAGUCUAGCUUCUUACAUGAAAAAUAAAGCCCAGCUUCAAAAUAGAGAAGGUCAUAAAGCUCUGCUAAACGAUUUGGUAGAGCAUAUAUGGGCAAAAUUCGGCAAUUGCAAUUGAAUGUCUAGUUUUUAUCUUAUGUAUGA